AUGCAAGAAUAUCUUCUCCUUCACAAAAAGGAAAUACUGGUGAGUCUUCCGAUGAAACGGCGCUGGCAGGUGAGGCCCUUGUGGAUGAAUCGGAGAGUGGAAUCGGAGUUCUUCACCUUGAUGCUUUUGCUGAUGGCUGGGGACAGAGAGUAUUUUAAAAAAUACUAUCGUAUGACACCUGAGACGUUUGAAGAGCUCCACUCACUUGUCGAGGAACCGCUCACUCGGAUGCUGGUCACAAGAGAUCCCGUGCCAUCAAAAGCAAGGCUUGCCAUUACUAUAAGAUAUCUCGCCUCUGGAAUGUACAUUCAGGAUGUAGCCAUGGCUUUUAGAGUGGAAAUUUCCACAGCCGCCGGUAUCAUUCAUUUCACUUGCAGGCUACUGUGGGGUGUACUGCAACCUGUUGUCUUAAGGUACACUAUUCCGACAGCUACCAGGUGGCAAGAGAUCGCAAAUGAUUUUUGCGACAAGUGGAAUUUCCCUCUUUGUGUUGGAGUGGUGGACGGAAAACAUAUCCAAAUUCAAAUGCCACCACACUCCGGAAGUCUUUACUAUAACUACAAGGUGAUCAUGGAAAAAUGCUUUUGGUGUCAUGACAUCAAGGUUUCGAAUAUUCAGGAGAACCAUAAACCUGCUACUAUGAAAACGCUGACUAUGUUGUCAUGGCGUCGUGUGUUCUCCACAACUUCCUAUCGGUAG